AUGGCGUCCGAUACCGAGGGCAUCGCCGCCCUCUUCUCGAUGUACAACGACGACGAGGAAGAGGAGGACGCCGACGAGCCCAACCCACCUUCCCCAGCGCCGCCCGCGGCCGUCCCCUCCUCCUCGCCGCCGUCCCCACAAGCCGGGGCGGAGGACCCUAACCCUUCCCUGGCGCCUCCGUCGCCGCCCCGUCCCGAGGAGUCGGCCGGUCUCAAAACCCUAGCGAGUCCCCACCCUUCCCCGGCGCGGGGGCUACUUCCGCCACUUCCCACGCGGCGCUCUUCGUCGCCCUUUGCAGUGUCGUCCCCCUCCCCGCUACGGGGACCAUCCUCCGCGCCGCCGGCCGACCUGCCGCGCCCACCACGGCGCGGGGCGCUUGCAAUCGUGGACUAUGCGCACGACGAGACGGCUAUGUCGCCCGAGCAGGAGGAUGGGGAGAUCAUGAGCCACACACACAGAUUUGGCUCGGAUGCUCAGGCUGCGGACGGGGAUCUUGAAGAACGAACUCUCUCUGGCACAGUUCAUAUUAUGACCCCAAAUACUCCAGCAGAAAUGUCUCAUCAUCCUGAUGCACCCGAGCAGAACCAAGUAGGGACAGACAUGGAAGUGGAUGUAACUAGAUCAGAAACUGAAGAUGCCCAGGUGGAGGAAACUACUGGUAUUUCAACCAAUGGUGAAAAUGAUGAUCCAUUGAGUCGUUUCCUUCCUCCACCUGUGACUACAAAAUGCUCUGCAGCAUUACAGCAAAAAAUUAACAGGUUCCUUGCAUACAAAAAGGCUGGAAAGAGCUUUAAUGCUGAAGUGCGCAACAGGAAGGACUACAGAAAUCCUGACUUUUUGCAGCAUGCUGUGCGGUACCAAGAAAUCGAUCAGAUAGGGACCUGUUUUGGUAAAGAUGUUUUUGAUCCUUAUGGGUAUGACAAGGGCGACUACUAUGAUGAGAUAGAAGCUGAAAUGAAGCGUGAACUUGAGAGGAAGGAACAGGAGAAGAAAAGGAGCCCAAAAGUUGAAUUUAUUACUGGAGGGGUACAACCUCCAAUUAGUGCAUCAAUACCGAAGAUCCCAGCUUUGGCUGGUGUCAGUACACUACCGGUACCUACAGAAGGUUUGCAGAAAGAGACUAGACCAAACAAGAAGUCAAAAUGGGAUAAGGUUGAUGGUGAUGUUAAGAACCAUUUGGUUCCUAGUGGACAUGACAACUUAUCAGCAACUGCUUCUGCGGCACUUUUGACUUCAGCUAAUGCUGGUGCUGGAUAUGCUGCUUUUGCGCAACAAAAGAGAAAAGAGGCUGUAGAGAAGAGAAGCGAUUAUAAGUCAGACAGAAGAUCGUAG